AUGAAGUGGGGGAUUGCACUUACCACCGCAAUCUUUGCGGCCACGACAUCAGCACAGAGUCGUGACGUUUCCGACUGCUCAUGCGGUUUUGUCGAUCCUACAUCUAACGAGGUGUGGACGGAAGCACUGAUUACUUACUUCAACGAGACGAAUCAACUUCCCUCCGAUUACCGAAAACUUGACUUCCACCACAACCGCGAGUAUGGUUACAACUCGCUAUACCGUCAAGGAGCCACUCCUGAUAAUGCAUACAUCGGCCAAGUCACGGACGAGAAUGUCGAUGAGCAAGUCAUGCAGCUUUGGAUCGACGCUGGAACUGGGCAGCAUUACGUCCAGGGUGCUGGUAUCGAGGCUUUGAGACAAGAUAUGCAUUUCGGUACUUUCAGGUCGUCGAUGCGUGGACCUCCCAAGAACACUGGUGGUUCCGCCAUGUCGAUGCAACUUUACCAUAACCGCACAUCUUUCAUCGAGAUCGACAUGUGUAACAUGCAAUACCCGGAAGACGCAAAGUUCUUGACCCUCAAGGAUGGUGAAUUUCCCGACGCCAAAUAUCAGCUUAACUACACAUACUUCGCCAACGAUGCCAACGCGAACGCUGGUGGCGACCCUUGGGAGUUUGUGGAGAGCAAGAUCGACUGGACUCUGAAGCACGUCAACUGGACCAUUGGAGGAAACAAGACCAGAGCUGUCGAACGCAAACGUACUGAUCUCUACGAGCCUUUGCCUCUGAUAUUCAAGCAUUGGUCUAUUGGUGACAAGUAUUGGAUGGCAGGACCCCCCAACCAGCGUAAUCAGGCCGACCUCGCUUGGGUUCGUGCUUUCUUCAACUCUUCCCUCACUACCGAGGCCGAACAGCAAAACUUUGAUAGCCGAUGCACCAUCGCUGACGCGUGUUCCAUCGACGACAUUACUCUCCGCGGUUCGAGUCCUUACUCACAGGCUGCUCUCAUCAGAUUCAAGGAGCCCCCGCAAAGCAAAAGCUGGCGUGUUCCUGCUGGUGCAACCGCUGGUGCAGUCUUUGGUUUCGGUUGUCUUACUCUUCUCAAUGUUCUCUUCAGGAGAGCACCUUGGAAGUUGUUCUUGAAGAAGAACAGAGGCCCCAAGGUACACGUCGGACCCGAACUCAGCUCACCUUCACCUUUCGUCCAGCAGAUCUUGGGUGUGUCCAAGGACGAGAAGACUGCGAUUCCUGCACCGAGCGAAAAGAAAACUUCAAUCGUCGAAAUCGUCGACAACUCCACUCUUGUUGGCGACAAGGACCACGCCCCGGCCGACAAUAUGCGCAGAAGAAGUGUCAAGUUCUUUAACCCCUUCGAUGCCGAUUCUGGAGAUGAUUUCGUAAAGAGACAUUCCGACGCUUUUACUUCAGCUUCAGAAGUACCAAGAACCAUGUCUUCCGUACAACCUACCGACUGGCGCAGGAAGAGUAUGGCCUUCCAUGGUGGCCUACCUGAGAUGCUCCCCGAAAGAAGUGACAUGGCCAAAAAGGUCAGGAAAGCCAGUGUCGCGUUCGCAGAGGGCACCCACCGUCCUCGCCAAGCCAGCACUUUCCAAAGCAUCAAGGGUCGCAGUGGAAGCACCGUCAAGGCCCUUGGCCAUGUUCUUCAGCACGGCAUGCACGACGCCGAGCGUGUGGAGCCUGCCGGUUUGGAGAAUGAAUUGAUACCCACUAACUCCGAGGACUCGGACAAGGGCAAGGUUAACCCUGCUAGGAGAGCAAGCCACGCGAACUUCGCUGGUACAGUUAUGCGCGAUCCCGAUACUCUGCAAGACGUCGACCUGUCUCACCAGUCUCCUGAUGCUCGUCGUUCCACCAUCAUCAGAGGAAGACAGCCCAGCGUGCUCGAGCGUUAUCGCGAGAACCACUUUGCAAGCAUUGGAGGUGUCUCAAUGGUGUCAGCCACAUCUCGUGGAUCCGUCUCUAUCAAGGAUUGGAAUACCCAAGCAUUGCACCAAGUCAACACUAUCGAUCCGCCGCAUGAGUCGCAGAUCAAGACUGGCCGUCGCAUCACUCUGGCUGAGGCUGUUCCCGUAUCUGCUGUCGAUAUUCCCUUGCCCAAGGCCAAGGAGCACGAAGCUCGUAUCAAUUACCUCGCCGGUCUUGUCGCUUUCUCUUCUAUCGGUGUUACUCUCAUCCAUUUCAUGCUUUCCUUCAACCCAUACGCCGGUGGUUUGAACUACGGCCAACACUACAGAAGUGAAUACUGGGCCCGCUGGACCGUCACCCCUGCCAUUCUCAACCCCAUCUGGCUUGGUCCUUUCUUCGUCACGUCAUGUAGAUUCUUGGCAGCAAGAUAUCUUCGUGAUGGAGAUCUGGGUCUGGUUGCCGAGAAGAUGCUUUUGCGUGCGCCUCGUCUGGUCCUUCCUUGCGCCAUUGUCGCUGCCAUCGAAUAUCUCUUCUUCGAGCUCAACUUCAUGCAGUGGUUGCUGUACCUUCCUUCAAUCUCCUGGUCCGAGUGGGCGUUCAUCUCCAACUACGACAACUUCGGUCACUACCUCAAUGCCAUGUUGGAGUUGCUGUACCUGAUUCCCAAUGCAGCUCCUCAAGUUGUCAGCCACUACUGUGUCGGUGUGCUCUGGUCCAUUCCGGUCCAGUUGCAGUACAGUUUCGUGACUCUUUUGGCUGUCAUUAUGAUCCGCGACAUCAAGACUACAUGGAAGCGUUUCGGUUUCUACACUUUCUGUAUCAUCGCCAACUGGUACUCGCUGAGUUGGGGAUCUUGCUUCUGGGCUGGUCUAGCGUUGGCUGACAUGCAAGUCAACUACAAGUUCAGUGCCAGAGUCCAGGCUCGCCCUGCUUUGUGCUGGGUCUUCUGCAUCAUCUGUUGGAUCUUCGCUUUUGCUAGUGCCGCCAUGACUCUUCUGGAAGAUCGUCUUGACAUCACCACCAUGUCUUCUGAGAGAAACAUCCACCCUGACAUUUACACUGGCAAAAAGCUCGGCGAUACCGUCAGAGGUGGCUACCCGUUGUACUUCGAACCCCGUCUCAACACGACGGUCUUUGCAGUAGCCAUGCAGCUUUUGGUCGAGACCAGCACCUGGUUCCAGGCUUUCCUCUCGAUGAAGGUCUGGCAACCCAUUUUCCCUCACGCCUUCACCAUCUACCUUAUUCACGGUUUCAUCUGGUGGACUCUGGGAUCCUACAUGGUCGUCAUGAUCGCAUCCCAUGGAGCACCAUACUGGGCGACUCUAUUGGCCACAGCGAUUGUGUGUUACUUCACCCUCGCCUUGACCGUCAUCGCCCUUUCAUUCAUGACCGAGACCAUCACGGCAGCAUGUUGUCGCAACAUUGCUCGCUGGGCUAUGGAGCCCAAGGUUCCUAAACAACCCACCCUCGAGCCUUUCCCUCGCAACCUCUUCCUCGACCGUAACAAGGAGGCCGAACUUGCAGCCAAGGACGAGGAGACAGCAGUCGGAGAGACUGUCAUCGGAGCAGGCCAUAUGGUCCGUCGCCCUACUCUUAUCCCUGGUACAGCUGUGGAUCCUACUGCACGUCGCCCGACGAUCGUCGAAGGAGCCAUCCUCAACGACGCCGAAAAGGCUGCGCUGGGUUCCACGACCAUGCCAUCACCAAAGCCUCAGCAAGGCACCGACCAGUUCGAGCGCAGAGGAACGCAUCAUGUCGUCAACGACUUUGUCAUCGAGGAAGAAGACGAGGAAGACGAGUUGGACCCCAUGGACCCUGCGUAUGGAAAGUCGUCACAGACGUCGAGUGCGUAUGGCAGAAAUUCAAGUACGGCGGGAUCGAGUUCGUCGAGUUCGAGGCAGGCUCCUUGA